GCUCUAGCCUGACCCGCGCUUCCCCCGCCCCGGUCCCGCCAUGGAGAACGAGCAGCUCCCGGCGCCGGCCCCUGCCAGCAGCUCCGGGGGCAGCGCCCCGGCCGCCGCCAGCACCGCGGCCACGCGCCCGCCCGGGCCCCAGAUCUCCGUGUACAGCGGCAUCCCCGACCGCCAGACCGUGCAGGUGAUCCAGCAGGCGCUGCACCGGCAGCCCAACACGGCGGCGCAGUACCUGCAGCAGAUGUACGCGGCGCAGCAGCAGCACCUCAUGCUGCAGACGGCUGCCCUGCAGCAGCAGCACCUCACCAGCGCCCAGCUCCAGAGCCUGGCAGCCGUCCAGCAGGCGAGCUUGGCGGCGAACCGGCAGAGCGGCUCCUCGGCGGGCAACGGCGCCCAGCCCGCCCCGGCACAGCAGCCCACGAUCAACCUGGCGACGUCGCCGGCGGCGGCACAGCUGCUGAACCGGGCGCAGAGCGUGGGCCCCGGCGCCUCGGGCAUCGCGCAGCAGGCGGUGCUGCUGGGCAAUGCCGCCUCGCCCGCCCUCACCGCCAGCCAGGCACAGAUGUACCUGCGGGCACAGAUG